CGCCGGAGCCGGAGCCAUUUUCCCCCCUUCGGCCGCGGCGAGGAGGAGCCGGAGCGGGAGUGACACCGAUCCGGACCCAGCGCGACCUGCGGCGGCUCCAGGUGACUCGGGCCAGUGUAGAGGGCCCCAGGCCGCAGGCAGGAGCAGCUGGGCCAAUUCCCUGGCCGGGAGCGGAAGGGGAUGGCGUCGGGCCUGGGCUCCCCGUCCCCCUGCUCAGCGGGCAGUGAGGAGGAGGAUAUGGAUGCACUUUUGAACAACAGCCUGCCCCCACCCCACCCAGAGAACGAAGAGGACCCAGAAGAGGAUUUGUCAGAAGCAGAGACUCCAAAGCUUAAGAAGAAGAAAAAGCCUAAGAAACCUCGGGACCCUAAAAUCCCUAAGAGCAAGCGCCAAAAAAAGGAGCGUAUACUCUUAUGCCGGCAGCUGGGGGACAGCUCUGGGGAGGGGCCAGAGUUUGUGGAAGAGGAGGAAGAGGUGGCUCUGCGCUCAGACAGUGAGGGCAGUGACUAUACCCCUGGCAAGAAGAAGAAGAAGAAGCUUGGACCUAAGAAAGAGAAGAAGAACAAAUCCAAACGGAAGGAGGAGGAGGAGGAGGAUGACGAUGAUGAUGAUUCAAAGGAGCCUAAAUCAUCUGCUCAGCUCCUGGAAGACUGGGGCAUGGAAGAUAUUGACCAUGUGUUCUCAGAGGAGGAUUAUCGCACCCUCACCAACUACAAGGCCUUCAGCCAGUUUGUCCGACCCCUCAUUGCUGCCAAAAACCCCAAGAUUGCUGUCUCCAAGAUGAUGAUGGUUUUGGGUGCAAAGUGGCGAGAGUUCAGUACCAACAACCCCUUCAAAGGCAGUUCUGGGGCUUCAGUGGCAGCAGCAGCAGCAGCAGCGGUGGCCGUUGUGGAGAGCAUGGUGACAGUCACUGAGGUUGCACCACCACCUCCCCCUGUGGAGGUGCCUAUCCGCAAGGCCAAGACCAAGGAGGGCAAAGGUCCCAAUGCUCGGAGGAAGCCCAAGGGCAGCCCUCGUGUACCUGAUGCCAAGAAGCCUAAACCCAAGAAAGUAGCUCCCCUGAAAAUCAAGCUGGGAGGUUUUGGUUCCAAGCGUAAGAGAUCCUCGAGUGAGGAUGACGACUUAGAUGUAGAAUCUGACUUCGAUGAUGCCAGUAUCAAUAGCUAUUCUGUUUCUGAUGGUUCCACCAGCCGCAGUAGCCGUAGCCGCAAGAAACUUCGAACCACAAAAAAGAAAAAGAAAGGCGAGGAGGAGGUGACUGCUGUGGAUGGUUAUGAGACAGACCACCAGGACUAUUGCGAGGUGUGCCAGCAAGGCGGUGAGAUCAUCCUGUGUGAUACCUGUCCCCGAGCUUACCACAUGGUCUGCCUGGAUCCAGACAUGGAGAAGGCGCCUGAGGGCAAGUGGAGCUGUCCACACUGUGAGAAGGAGGGCAUCCAGUGGGAGGCUAAAGAGGACAAUUCGGAGGGUGAGGAGAUCCUUGAAGAGGUUGGGGGAGACCCUGAAGAGGAGGAUGACCACCAUAUGGAAUUCUGUCGGGUCUGCAAGGAUGGUGGGGAGCUACUCUGCUGUGAUACCUGUCCUUCUUCCUACCACAUCCACUGCCUGAACCCCCCACUUCCAGAGAUCCCCAAUGGCGAAUGGCUGUGUCCCCGCUGUACGUGUCCAGCUCUGAAGGGCAAAGUGCAGAAGAUCUUAAUCUGGAAGUGGGGUCAGCCACCAUCUCCCACACCAGUGCCUCGGCCUCCAGAUUCUGAUCCCAAUACUCCCUCCCCCAAGCCCUUGGAGGGGCGGCCAGAGCGGCAGUUCUUUGUGAAAUGGCAAGGCAUGUCUUAUUGGCACUGCUCCUGGGUGUCAGAACUGCAGUUGGAGCUACACUGUCAGGUGAUGUUCCGGAACUAUCAGCGGAAGAAUGAUAUGGAUGAGCCACCUUCUGGGGACUUCGGUGGCGAUGAAGAGAAGAGUCGAAAGCGGAAGAACAAGGACCCUAAGUUUGCAGAGAUGGAGGAGCGCUUCUACCGCUAUGGGAUAAAGCCUGAGUGGAUGAUGGUCCACCGAAUCCUCAAUCACAGUGUGGACAAGAAGGGCCAUGUACACUACUUGAUCAAGUGGCGGGACUUACCCUAUGAUCAGGCAUCUUGGGAGAGUGAGGAUGUGGAGAUACAAGACUAUGACCUGUUCAAGCAGAGCUAUUGGAAUCACAGGGAGUUAAUGAGGGGUGAAGAAGGACGACCAGGUAAGAAGCUCAAGAAGGUGAAGCUGAGGAAGUUGGAGAGGCCUCCUGAAACUCCAACAGUUGAUCCAACAGUAAAGUAUGAGCGACAACCGGAAUACCUGGACGCUACAGGUGGAACGCUGCACCCCUAUCAGAUGGAGGGCUUGAACUGGUUGCGCUUCUCCUGGGCUCAGGGCACUGACACCAUCUUGGCUGAUGAGAUGGGCCUUGGGAAAACUGUACAGACAGCAGUCUUCCUCUAUUCCCUUUACAAGGAGGGUCAUUCCAAAGGCCCCUUCCUAGUGAGUGCCCCUCUUUCUACCAUCAUCAACUGGGAGCGGGAGUUUGAAAUGUGGGCUCCAGAUAUGUAUGUGGUAACCUACGUGGGUGACAAGGACAGCCGUGCCAUCAUUAGGGAGAAUGAGUUCUCCUUUGAAGACAAUGCCAUUCGUGGUGGCAAGAAGGCCUCCCGCAUGAAGAAAGAGGCAUCUGUGAAAUUCCACGUGCUGCUGACAUCCUACGAGUUGAUCACCAUUGACAUGGCUAUCUUGGGUUCUAUUGAUUGGGCCUGCCUCAUUGUGGAUGAAGCCCACCGGCUGAAGAACAAUCAGUCUAAGUUUUUCCGGGUCUUGAACGGUUACUCACUCCAGCACAAGCUGUUGCUGACUGGGACUCCGUUACAAAACAAUCUCGAGGAGCUGUUUCAUCUGCUCAACUUUCUCACUCCUGAGAGGUUCCACAAUUUGGAAGGCUUCUUGGAGGAGUUUGCUGACAUUGCCAAAGAGGACCAGAUUAAAAAACUGCAUGACAUGCUGGGGCCUCACAUGUUGCGGCGCCUCAAAGCUGAUGUGUUCAAGAAUAUGCCAUCCAAAACAGAACUGAUUGUGCGUGUGGAGCUGAGCCCUAUGCAGAAGAAAUACUACAAGUACAUCCUCACUCGAAAUUUUGAAGCACUCAAUGCUCGAGGUGGUGGCAACCAGGUCUCACUGCUAAAUGUGGUGAUGGAUCUUAAGAAGUGCUGCAACCACCCAUACCUUUUCCCCGUAGCUGCAAUGGAAGCCCCUAAGAUGCCUAAUGGCAUGUAUGACGGCAGUGCCCUCAUUAGAGCAUCUGGGAAGUUACUGUUGCUGCAGAAGAUGCUCAAGAACCUUAAGGAGGGUGGGCAUCGUGUACUCAUCUUCUCCCAGAUGACCAAGAUGCUGGACUUGCUAGAAGAUUUCUUAGAACAUGAGGGUUAUAAAUAUGAACGUAUUGAUGGUGGAAUCACGGGGAACAUGCGUCAAGAGGCCAUUGACCGUUUCAAUGCACCGGGUGCUCAACAGUUCUGCUUCUUGCUUUCCACACGGGCUGGGGGCCUUGGAAUCAAUCUGGCUACUGCUGACACAGUUAUUAUCUAUGAUUCUGACUGGAACCCCCAUAAUGACAUCCAGGCCUUUAGCAGAGCUCAUCGUAUUGGGCAAAAUAAGAAGGUUAUGAUCUAUCGGUUUGUGACCCGUGCAUCAGUGGAGGAGCGUAUCACACAGGUGGCAAAGAAGAAGAUGAUGCUGACUCAUCUCGUGGUGCGGCCUGGGCUGGGCUCCAAGACUGGAUCUAUGUCCAAACAGGAGCUUGAUGAUAUCCUCAAAUUUGGCACUGAGGAACUAUUCAAGGAUGAAGCCACAGAUGGAGGAGGAGAUAACAAAGAAGGAGAAGAUAGCAGUGUUAUCCACUACGAUGAUAAGGCCAUUGAACGACUGCUGGACCGUAACCAGGAUGAGACUGAAGACACAGAAUUGCAGGGAAUGAAUGAAUAUUUGAGCUCGUUCAAAGUGGCCCAGUAUGUGGUGCGGGAAGAAGAAAUGGGGGAGGAAGAGGAGGUAGAACGGGAAAUCAUAAAACAGGAAGAAAGUGUGGAUCCUGACUAUUGGGAGAAAUUGCUGCGGCACCAUUAUGAGCAGCAGCAAGAAGAUCUAGCCCGAAAUCUGGGCAAAGGAAAAAGAAUCCGUAAACAGGUCAACUACAAUGAUGGCUCCCAGGAGGACCGAGAUUGGCAGGACGACCAGUCCGACAACCAGUCCGAUUACUCAGUGGCCUCAGAGGAAGGUGAUGAAGACUUUGAUGAACGUUCAGAAGCUCCCCGCAGGCCUAGUCGUAAGGGCCUGCGGAAUGAUAAAGAUAAGCCAUUGCCUCCUCUGUUGGCCCGUGUUGGUGGGAAUAUUGAAGUACUUGGUUUUAAUGCUCGUCAGCGAAAAGCUUUUCUUAAUGCAAUUAUGCGAUAUGGGAUGCCACCUCAGGAUGCUUUUACCACUCAGUGGCUUGUGAGAGAUCUGCGAGGCAAAUCAGAGAAAGAAUUCAAGGCUUAUGUCUCUCUUUUUAUGAGGCAUUUAUGUGAGCCAGGGGCAGAUGGGGCUGAGACCUUUGCCGAUGGUGUCCCCCGAGAAGGCCUGUCUCGCCAGCAUGUCCUUACUAGAAUUGGUGUCAUGUCUUUGAUUCGCAAGAAGGUUCAGGAGUUUGAACACGUUAAUGGGCGCUGGAGCAUGCCUGAACUAGCUGAAGUAGAGGAAAACAAGAAAAUGUCCCAACCAGGGUCACCCUCCCCAAAGACUCCUACACCCUCCACUCCAGGGGACACACAACCCAAUACUCCUGCACCUGCCCCACCUGCUGAAGAUGGGAUAAAAAUAGAGGAAAAUAGCCUCAAAGAAGAAGAGAGUGCAGAAGGAGAAAAGGAGGUUAAAUCUUUAGCCCCUGAGGCUGCCAUUGAGUGUACACAGCCCCCUGCCCCUGUCCCUGCCCCAGAGGAUGAAAAGGUCCUUGUUGAACCUCCUGAGGGAGAGGAGAAAGUGGAAAAGGCAGAGGUGAAAGACAGAACAGAAGAACCUAUGGAGACAGAACCCAAAGGUGUUGCUGACGUGGAGAAGGUGGAGGAAAAGUCGGCGAUAGAUCUGAUUCCUAUUGUGGUGGAAGACAAAGAAGAGAAGAAAGAAGAAGAAGAGAAAAAAGAGGUGAUGCUUCAGAAUGGAGAGACCCCCAAGGAGCUAAAUGAUGAGAAGCAGAAGAAAAGUAUUAAACAGCGUUUCAUGUUCAACAUCGCAGAUGGCGGUUUUACUGAGUUGCACUCCCUUUGGCAGAAUGAGGAACGUGCAGCCACAGUCACCAAGAAGACUUAUGAGAUCUGGCAUCGACGGCAUGACUACUGGCUGCUAGCUGGCAUCAUAAACCAUGGCUAUGCCCGGUGGCAAGACAUCCAGAAUGACCCACGCUAUGCCAUCCUAAAUGAGCCUUUCAAGGGUGAAAUGAACCGUGGCAAUUUCUUAGAGAUCAAGAAUAAGUUUCUAGCUCGAAGGUUCAAGCUCUUAGAACAAGCCCUGGUGAUUGAGGAACAGCUGCGCAGGGCGGCUUACCUGAACAUGUCAGAGGACCCUUCUCACCCUUCCAUGGCCCUGAACACCCGCUUUGCUGAGGUGGAGUGUUUGGCGGAAAGUCAUCAGCACCUGUCCAAGGAGUCGAUGGCAGGAAACAAGCCAGCCAAUGCAGUCCUGCACAAAGUUCUGAAACAGUUGGAAGAACUUUUGAGUGACAUGAAAGCUGAUGUGACUCGACUCCCAGCUACCAUUGCCCGAAUUCCUCCAGUUGCUGUGAGGUUACAGAUGUCAGAGCGUAACAUUCUCAGCCGCCUGGCAAAUAGGGCACCCGAACCCGCUCCACAACAGGUAGCCCAGCAGCAGUGAAGAUCCAGAUUGAUGAUACCACCUCCACCGCUGAGCAGUGACCUUCCUCACUUUCUCUUGUCCCAGCUUCUCCCCUGGGGGCCUGAGAGACCCUUGCCUUCCUUCUGCCCAUCUUCCAUAUUGUAAAGGAACAGCCCCCAUGCACUGGGGGAGGGAAGGGAGUGAGGGGCAGUGGUGCCCUUCCUGCUGGAGAGACAUGCAGCAGUAGCGCCGGCGCCAUCUGCAGGGAGCUGGUGGGCUGGCCUUCUGGGCCCUGGCUUCUCCCCACUGUAACGUCUGUUACACAUAAACUGUUGUGGGUGCCUGCCAGGCUUGAAGAAAAUGAUCUCCAUUUCUUCCUCCUUUUGGUUUUAUUUUGUUGGUUUAUUUUGUGUUUUCUUUUCUCCUUUUAUGGGGUAUUCAGAGUGGGCCGGGCCCCUGGGCAAGACACAGCUACCUCUGUUGGCAUCUUUUUAAUACCAGGAACCCAGCGGCUCUAGCCACUGAGCGGCUAAAACGAAAUAAAGUGGGAAAAAAAAAAAAAAGGAAAAGUCCAAAAGUAUAAAAAACCACAGCAAAAUUUCUUGAUGAAAAUUGAAAAUAAAAGUUUCCUUGUAUUUUAGUGCUCUGGCUCACUGUGGGUAUAGGAACAGGUGGAUGAGUGUAUGGCAGGAGCCCCAGGAACUGUGUAAUUGAAAACUAAGGGCUACCUUGUGUCCCGAUACUUCACUGAAGAACCAUGUUCUGUCUGUGCACCCACUCCGGACCAAGGAAGACCUCUGUCCCUGGAAGAAGAGAGGCUGCAAAACUGCACGCCCCUUACUGGCUCUGUGACCUUGAGCAAGUCGUUCAACUUCUCUGGGCUGCAAAUUUCUCUUGUAUAAAAUAAACAUAUCUACCUUA